GUGGAUUAAUGGCAUUUGGCUUUUUGGACAAUAUUAAGAUCUCUCUUCACACACGCCAUUAACGUCACUCUGUUUCUCCUCUUCAUCAGAAGAAAUGCCGACUCUAUUCUUCGCUGCUUCGUUCAUUCUCUUAUUCCUUACUCAUUCGGCAAUCUCUCGUAGUUCCAUUCAGGAGAAACCUCAACGGCUUCGACAAAUUCAACGCUUUUCCUUUCCUAAUCACUGCAACGACCGAUGCGGAAGCGUUCAAAUUCCAUUUCCUUUUUACUUGAACACUUCCUGUUCUUCACUUCCCUCUGCUUUCCAUCUUUCCUGCUUGAACUCUUCCUCCCUUUACCUCCGCAUUGGUGUGGAAAGAUACCGAGUACUUGAUUUCUUCUCCGAUGGUGUCCUCGUGGAUUUUCCGGGGACGUCCUCUGUUUGUCGGCAAUAUAAUGACUUGAAGGGGUUUGAGUUUGAUGGGAACGACUACUUCGGGGUCUCGGAUGAUAACGUGAUCGGGCUGUACGAUUGCGAGGAUUCUUCUUUGUGUAAAACCAACUGUGAGACCAACGACUUGCCUGGUUGCGACGGUAAGGGCGGCGACUCCGUGGCGUGCUGUUAUCCGCUUUCUGAUCAGACGGUGUGGCAUUUGGGAGAUGGGUUUUCGGUUUUCGCCAAGUUUGGAUGCAGGGGAUUCUCGUCCUGGGUUGUUCCGAGGGGAACCAACACGGGUAAACGUGGAGUUAAAUUGGAAUGGGCGGUUCCCAGAAACUCAUCCAAGGAAAUCUGUGCUACCAAUGCUGACAUCGUUAAUUCCACGGCCGUAGAAGCAGGGGUUAGGUGCGUCUGUCAAGAAGGGUUCGUCGGCGAUGGAUUUUCCGAUGGAGUUGGAUGCUUGAAAUCCUGCAUCAAGAAUGGACAGGAAGCAUACGGUGAAGAAUGCAACAGCAGAAAACAUGAUCAUAGGAAGCUUGUAAUAGUGGCCGGUGUUCUUGCUCCAAUCUUUGUGGUGGCGUCCCUAUUUGCACUGUUUUGUCUACUGAAACGACCAAUGAAAUCAGGUACCUUCCAUCCUGACCAAGCUCACUAUCAUAGUACUAUCUCGUUUCGGAAAGCUUGUAGAACUAGAUUGUUCAGUUACCAGGAGCUAGAGGAGGCCACCAGAGGAUUUGAAGACGGUCAGAAACUCGUACAAGGCCCUAAUGGGACUAUCCAUGCUGGUGUCCUUGGAGAUGGUUCACAUAUAGCCGUGCACAAGGUGCAAUGUGAGAACGAAAGAGACCUCAUUUCUGUCCUCUUCCGGAGUGAGCUUGUGUCAUCUGUCUUGCAUCAGAAUUUAGCUAGACUUAUUGGUUGCUGUAUAGACUCAGGAUAUACCCCAAUGGUUGUCUAUGAGUAUCCUGCAAAUGGUACCCUUGAGGAACAUCUGCUCAAAACCAAGGGGCAGAAGUUAGGCCUUGAUUGGUACAAAAGGCUGUAUAUUGCUGCCGAAUCAGCUUGUGUCCUGGCACACUUGCAAUAUGAAAUUUCUCCACCAAUCAUCCAUGGUGACAUAAAAUCCUGUUACAUCUUUCUUGAUGAGGAAUUUUCUGUUAAGAUUGCCGGAUUUGCUCUGCUUAAUUACUCUAACUACCACAGCAAUUCACACGUUCAUAUAAGUGAUGUGUAUGACUUUGGUGUGGUAUUGUUAGAGAUAAUUUCAGGCUCCAAGCAGCUGGACACACCAACCGUGGCACUACAAAAGAUAAGAAACGGGAAGCUGGAAGAGGUGGUGGAUCCAUCUUUACACUACCACGAGCAGCCUGUUUUUCGGAGAGAGCAGAUAGAGAUUGUUGCAGACAUUGCAACCAGAUGCUUGCUGUUUGGUGGGGAAGGAAAGAUGGGUAUGAUUGAUGUUGCAAGGGAGCUGGUGCAUAUCAUAAAAGAGAGCAUUGAUGGGAAUAGCAAGAGAGGACCUGCUGCACUUGAAGAAACAUUUUCAAAUUCGAGGAAUAUGCAUCUUUUUCAAACUGGGAUCUUCGGUCUUCCCUUGAAGUGGGUCUCUGCUGGCCCACAAUUUGGCCCAAAACAGUUGCAGUUGGCAAUGUUUGAAAAGCGGGCUAUGAAGCAUAGCCCAAAACCCCUAAAUAUUUCUGUGUUUUAUCUCACAAUCAAGAUGAGUGGUGAAGCCAAUACAAAAGAAAAUGAACCUCUGCGUGCCAAAACACCUCCCAAACUGAAUGAGAGGAUCCUUUCAUCUCUGUCAAGGAGAUCAGUUGCUGCACAUCCUUGGCAUGAUCUUGAGAUUGGACCUGGAGCUCCCCAGAUUUUUAACUGUGUUGUUGAGAUAACAAAAGGAAGUAAGGUCAAAUAUGAACUUGACAAGAAGACAGGACUUAUUAAGGUUGAUCGUAUCUUGUAUUCAUCAGUGGUAUAUCCUCACAACUAUGGUUUCAUUCCCCGCACGUUGUGUGAAGACAAUGAUCCGUUGGACGUUUUGAUCCUCAUGCAAGAGCCAGUACUUCCUGGAUGUUUUCUGCGAGCCAAGGCCAUUGGACUAAUGCCCAUGAUUGACCAGGGAGAGAAAGAUGAUAAGAUCAUUGCAGUUUGUGCUGAUGAUCCAGAGUACAAGCAUUAUAAUGACAUCAAAGAGCUUGCUCCUCAUCGCCUUUCUGAGAUCCGCCGUUUCUUUGAAGACUACAAGAAAAAUGAGAACAAGGAGGUUGCAGUGAACGAUUUUUUACCUUCAGAGACUGCACAUGAUGCCAUCCAGCACUCAAUGGACCUUUAUGCUGAGUACAUUCUGCACGCCCUGAGGCAAUGAGCGUGCAGUGAAGGCUGUUUUUAUUCAAUUUUCUACAAUCUUUCUGGAGUCGUAUUAAUAAAUCCGUUCUUAGCAUCAGUCAGUUAAUAUUAAUCACAAACCUCAUUUACUACUUCCGUGCAAUUUGGAUUAUUAUUGGUUAUGCAAUCCUUGAACAAGGAAUGAUUGUCCCUAUAUUGCUCAAUCUAGCAGUAAUUCAUCAUUAGUCUGUCAGGUUUGAAGAACCA